UUGCACAUUUAAGUCUUCGAACUUUAGUUCUUAGCAAUCUUUUAAAACUUAGUUUUCCUUAUCAACAUCGCUUUCUUAUGCGAUCCGAAACAUAACAAUGAAGGCUGCAGUCCUAACGAUAUUUACUAUCGUGUUUGUAUUAUCGAGCGAAACAAAUGCUAAAACAGCAAAAAAACGAAAUGUAGUUGUGACAAAUAAUCCAGAUUGCACCGAUAUUGCAAAUCAAUUAAUCGCAAAAGGUGGAAAUGCACGAGAAGUAUUUAUUGCUGUUUCGUUAUGUGAAGGAAUGGUUCAUCCUCAAGAUGCUGGACUAGGUGGAGGAUUCCAAGCUGUGUAUUAUAGAAAAACUAAAAAGGGAAGGAGGAAAGCAUUGUAUAUUAAUGCUAGAGAAAAAUCUCCAAGUAAUGCUACCUUUGCGGAUUACCAAAUAAAAGAUGGUAAUUCAAUUGGAAUUCCAAGUGUAUUGAAGGGUUAUGAAACAUUAUAUAACAUAGAUAAAGAGAAAAAUAAAUUAAAAUGGAGUGAAAUAAUUGCACCAGUUAUAAAAUUAUGUGAAAAAGGAUUCCAGAUGUCAAACACAGCUCGAUCAAUGUUUAAUUAUUUCAAUCCAUUUCGACAUUACGAUCAACAGAUCCAAAUUGAUAUGCAAACGAAUGUAUUAAAGAAUCCUUUAUUUUGUAAAUUGCUGCGACAAAUUAGUGCAGAUGGACCAUCAUCGUCGAUGUAUAAAAAAAAUGGAAAAUUACAUAAAUUGGUAUUGAAAGAUUUACGUGAAACAUCUUCAUUUCUCACAUCGAAAGAUAUACGAAAUUAUAAAGUGAAAGUUAAAAAACCUGCAACUGGUAAAUUUGGAAAAUACACAGUUUAUACAACCAGAGUUCCAGGAAGUGGAUACGCAGUAUUAUUUGCAUUAAAAAUGAUGGAUCGAGUUAAAUCCCUAAUGAAAAAAGAUGCUACUGAGGCUGAAAAAAUUGUAUAUUUAUUAAAAAUCCUCAAAUAUACGUAUGCGUUCCAACCGCAUGUACGGGAGUUAAAAAAUGCAACAAUCCAUAAAAUCAUUAACAAAGGAGGAAGAAUAUUAGGAUCAGGAAUAGUUAAAAAUGGAAUGGAAAUCAGACCAACAAUCCCUUCGAAAUUUGGUGAUGUUAAAUUGGCGCGAAUGGUAUCACCAGAAAGUUUUGGUACCACAAAUGUAGUCGUAAAAGUUGGACAUUCAGCUGUGUCUGCAACAAGUACAAUCAAUUGGACCUUUGGGUCAGGUGUUUUAUCAAAAACGAUGGGAUUCUUUUAUAAUAAUCAAAUGAAUGAUUUCGUAAAUCCGAAUUGGAGACGUAAGGGAAAACCUAUACGUAAUGCACCGGGGCCAAAUAGAAUACCAAGUUCAUCAAUUUCGGCUACAGUAAUGGUUGAUACAGAUGGUUUACCAGUUUUCCAGAUUGGAGCCGCAGGAGGGAGUAAAAUUUUGAGUGCAAUUGUUAACACAUUAUAUAAUUAUUUUGUAUUGAAUAAAUCGUUAGAAGCUUCUUUACAAGCGUGUCGAUUUUCGCCAAAAUUUGAUUAUGCUAAAAAUCAUGUUCUUUAUGGAUAUGAAUGUAUUGAUGAUGAAAAUGUAGCAAAUCAAUUACGCGAGAAAGGUAUCGAUUUCCAAAAAGUUGUUGAGUCUGGAUAUUCAGCGGCAACAGCACUGUCACAAAUUCGUUCGAAAUCCGAGGGAGUGUACGAUAAACGAAGGGGAGGUAAAGCAUUAUUAAGUUAAGAUUAAAUCUGUUAAAAUAAGUAAAUGUUA